AUGAGGGUCGAAUUUCGGAAACUCGUCAACAGCGGCUCGCUAUCUGCCUUCUUCGGCAAAAAGUUCGCCUCGUGGCGCCGACUGCGCGCGAAUAAGAUGGCCCUCUCGACCUCAUCGCCAAACGGGCCGCCACGUUUCCGAUUCCGGAAAAAACCACCCCCAAUCGAGGACAUCCUCAAAAACGAUGACGUGGGCUCGCUUCUGGAGCGUUACUGUCGGGGCCCAUCCCUCAACCCAACUGGCGGAACGAUUCUUCACAAAGCCGUCCAGAAAAAUGCCCUGCGCUGUGUGCGUCUGAUCUGUACGAUGGAGGCCGGGGAAAAACCGUGGGAUACGGUAGAUGGACAUGGGCGGACACCAAUCGAAAAGGCUACUGAACAGAUUCUCGAAGAUCUGCGCACGAUAGCAUAUGAUGGAAAAGGAGAUAUUGAUGAUAGCCGACCAAUCGGAUGGCAUCGUCAAGCUGUGCAGCCACUUCUGCAACAACAGACGCGCCGCAUCUUCGACCCGCGCAUCAAACGACCAUCGCUCAGGGCAGAGAUUCUUCGCAACUCCCUUUCCGGCGAGCUGGGUGGUGUCCAGCUGGGAGAUCUUCCAUGCAACUUCAUCUGCACAGCCGUCGACGGGGCCGUCAUCCCCCCGCGGCUACACAUCUUCCGUAAUUACCACUCUGAGGCUCACCCCGAUGAGGAUGGCAGUCGAAUGAGGGUCAUCGAGGCGCUACUCGCAUCUACUGCGGCCCCCCUGCUAUUGCCAAUGUCCCCGAGUGGACUGUCGGAUGGUGGUGUCUUGGCAAAGAACCCGAGUCUCGCUCUCCUCACCGAAUACCAUACUCAUCGACUGCAG